ACCAGAAGCCGGACAAAAAAGCGGAGGGUUGAAGUGCCCGAAAUCCUGCCACCCCCAUUCGCUAGCCUUGCAGCCACUCAACAAACAACGCCUUCUGACGAACCACAGCCGUGGUCGACCAGCCGACGGAAGCGCUCUCAGCCUUUUGAUGUUAGACAGCCACUGACCGCUCUCCCCGCAGACGCCGUCGAUUUCCCAACGAGGGAGUCACCUUUGAUGACGUCUCCUAGCUGAAGGUACUGGCUGGCCUGCACAGCAGCAAAACAAUCUUGGAGGCAGAAGACUUCGCAAUAUUAUACAACCCCUGAAUAUGCCGUCACAUUCCCCGCGCAAAAACUGCCCACUGUCGUCGCCAAAGGAGUCAUCGUUUUUGCUUUUGCAGACACCGAGGAGCACAUACACAUGGCGGCCAACUUCUGGGAGUCGACGCAGCGCAAGCACUGGCUGUUCACCAAGGAUGAGCUCGCCGCGGUGCGCCAGCGUCUCGAGGACGAAGACCCCGCGAACCUGGCACAAACGUUCGUCUUGCCCGACAUCCGCCUCGUCAACAUGUACUUGAACACUACUCUAGUGAUGUCGAAACUCGGAAAGCGCCUCGGAGUGCGCCAGCAGGCUCUGGCAACAGCCCAGGUUUACCUCAAACGCUUCUACACGCGCGUCGAGAUGCGGCGGACGAACCCCUAUCUCCUGAUGACCACGGCGCUGUAUCUAGCGUGCAAGAUGGAGGAGUGCCCGCAUCACAUCAGGAUGGUCGCUCAGGAGGCGCGUCAGCUGUGGGCUGCCGAGCUGCACACGUGGGACACCAGCAAGCUGGGCGAGUGCGAGUUCUUCCUUAUCUCGGAGAUGAACUCGCAGCUCAUCGUCCACCAGCCCUACCGCACCCUCACAUCGCUGCAAGCCGACUUCGGCAUGAGCCCCGACGAGGUCACCCUCGCCUGGUACAUUAUUAACGAUAGUUACAUGACAGACCUGCCGCUGCUCUUCGCUCCGCACAUCAUUGCCCUGACCGCCAUGCUGCUGGCCCUGGUGCUACGCCCGCCCGCCAGCAACUCGGGCCAGGCGGGCGGCGGGGGCUCUGCCGCCUCGGGCAUGGGGGCCACCGCCGCCGCCCUGGCCCAGGCGCAAGCCCGGGCCCUUCUCACCGGCAUGUCCGGACCAGGCACCCCGAGCUUGACGCCCCAGAGCUCGGGACUCGGUGGGGACGGCAGUGCCAAUACCGAGGGCAGGAAGGGCACGGAUGCGCGCCUAGGCAAGGUGCAGCGCUUUGCCGCCUGGCUCGCCGAGAGCAACAUCGACAUAGAGGCCAUGGUGGACUGCACACAGGAGUUCAUUUCCUUCUACGAGUGCUAUGAAGCAUACAACGAGAAGAUGAUCAAGGAGGCCAUCACUCGUUUCAUCAAGGUGAGAAGCCUCGACAAGUGAAGCAAAACCUUGGCACGAACACCUAUACCAUAGGUCGGCCGAGAUCAUCCAGCGUCCUCGAAUUGCACGCAGAUACAACGGCUCGUGCCAAUCCAGACCUGGGGUUGUGGAAGCAUCCAGCUGCCGCACCGCUCCCCUGACCCGGCCCCGGGGGUA